AUGGCUCCUAUUCGCAAACCAACUGUUAGAAAAGAGUGUCAAUGCUCUAUCUGUAAAAGCAAGACACUAGGAUUCAAUCAUGUAUCUGUUAAAACAUUUAAACGUCAUCAAGAAAAAGAUAAUCAUGAUAUUACACAUGUUCAAAUGCCCCAUGAAGACACAUGGGAUACAAUUAGUAGUGCUGUUUCUGAGCCUGUAAAUCAAGAGGAAGAUAGUUUUGAAUUUGAACAGGAAGAUGUUGAAAUGAAUUCUGAGCUUAGAAACCUAAAUGACACAAAUGACAUUUUGGAUAUACGGACAAGAAACCAACCUUUCUCUGAAACGGAUUGUGUGUUUGGCCCUGAAGAUAAUGUCCAGUUUACAAGUGACACUUACGAAGAAGAAGAAGAAUAUGAAGAUGAAUCCGAUGUUGAGAUGGACAAUGAUGAAGAUUCUUCAUUGGAAUCAAUCUCGGAAUUGAAUUUGAUUCACCGAUUCAUUGUUAUUUCGGUUGCUCUUUUUGUCUCACUAUACGUCGUGGAUGAAGGAGCUGUAAUCCUGAUUGUCAUAAUCAACAAGAUCCUGCAGUUUUUGUUUGACCCAUUCCGCCUUCCCGUGAGUGUUGCUGGCCUCAAACGUUUGGCCGGAUUUGAAGCGUUGACAAGUGGUGUCAAGAAGUAUGUUGCAUGUAGCAAAUGCCAUACCAUAUAUGAUAAUGAAGCCGCCCCUUUGUGUUGUACAUCACCCAAUUUCGUUGCACAUGGUGUUCGCUGGUCCGAACUGCAUCGUCUUCAGUACUUUGACAUUGUCCGCUGCACGAUCAUUGAUCCCAUGCACAAUCUUUUCUUAGGCACUGCCAAAAGAAUGCUGGAGAGAUGGGUUGCGGAUGGAUUAAUCGACGAUAAAAAACUCGUUGCCAUGCAAAAGGCUGUUGAGAAGGUAGUGUUGCCGCCCGAUUACACGUCACUUGGGACAAAGAUUGCCAAGGGAUUUCCCUAUAUGAAGGCUGAUGAGUGGAAGUCUUGGUGCCUUGUGUACUCUCCUGUGGUUCUAAGGGAUGUGUUGCCGUUGCCAGAGUUCAAGAACUGGAUAGAGUUUGUUAACGCAUGCAGAUACUUCACCAAGCCUAGUGUUUCUGAAGAAGACAUUGAGAAAGGACACAAAUGCUUAGAAGAAUUCUGUAAAGGGUGUGAGACAUUGUACGACCUGGACCUUCUCUCUCCCAACAUGCACCUGCAUCUGCACUUACGCCAAACAAUGAUUGACUUUGGGCCCGUCUAUGGCUAUUGGCUUUUCAGCUUUGAAAUAAACGGGUUCGAAUCGACAUUUAUGAGACAGUUCAUUGAAGAGUCGUGGAAGGGAGAUUUUGUUCGUCGACUUCUGAAAGCUAUGCAUGCACUUGCAUGUUUUGAAAUUUUCGAUAAGUUCACCAACACCAACACCAACACCAACACCUACCUCUCUCACUCUUUCUCAAUUUCCAAAUAUCUUGAAGCUUCACAGAAUCUUUCAAUGACAAUUCGUGGAAACGAGCCCCUGCCACCAUCCGCCUUGCCAUUGAAAACAAGACCAUUAUCAUUUAUGCCAAAACAUGAAUAUGAUUGUCUUGUAGGAUACUAUCAAGCUGCGUACAAGAAUCCACAGAUCUCAGGUUGCAAAGAUGUAAUUGAUGACUCACCUUUCGUCAAUGACUGGAUCGAAAUGGUGAAGUCCGUUGAUCUUCUUGGGCAAAGCUACAAAGGGUGCAUUGGCACGAAUGGCCGCGGAUCAUACAUACAAGCAUAUUUCACUGAACGAACUGGGUCGGAACAUGCGUAUGUUGGAGAGAUUCAGUACCUUUUUGUUCACAAUUUUAGGCCAACUGUUUCUUCUCUAACAUACAGAAAUCCCCAUAGUAGUCAGCAUGUAUUUGCAUUUGUCAAAUGGUUCAAAUCCACUUCGGACAAAACAAGAGAAUUAGAAGGAGUUGAGUUGUUACAGGAUGAAUUCUACAAGCAAGAUUUUCAAAGCAUCCUGCCAGUACAUCGGAUUCUCCUAACAGUUGCAAUAGUAGAUUACAAAACUACAAAAAACGUCAACAAAAAACUCGCGAUUCCUUUACCAAAAAAAAUUUACUAUUAA